AUGUCGCAAACUCAAAUCAAAGACUACGACGAGGACAGUUCAACGCAUCUUUUGUCAUCGGAUGAAGGCAACACAACCGAUACAGUUACUUCUGCGUCAAACGGUAAAGAUGAAGGUGAAUCUCAACCUUCCAAUAGUGAAGUUGUGUUAUGUGAAAAGUACUCAUCUAGUUUAAACAGAGAGUUUCCAAAAAUGGCCACCUCUGAUGACGUCAAAACGGAAUGUAAUGAUGCUAACUCAACCGACAGCAGUGUCAGGAAUGCGACAAGCGACACUAUCCAAGAUGGUCAAAUACCAGAUGAUAAAAAAACACUGAGUUUAUACUGUGUGCCCUGCAAAUACGAAAACAUGGACAAGACAGCAACAUGCUUCUGUUUAACUUGUGAUGAACCAGAACCAAUGUGUCAAGAAUGCACUUCGCAACAUUUGAAACAAAAACAAUCCAGAAAUCAUAAAGUAAGUCAUGAGUUAGAAAAGUAUGGCACAAUAAAAAAUACUAUAAUGUGUGAAUCUUGCUCAUAUAAUAAAGAGGACAAUUUGGCGGAAGCAUUUUGUCUAAGCUGCCGAGAACCGGACCCGAUGUGUAAUCAAUGUGCACAUCAACAUAAAAAGCAGAAGUUAUCUCGGGGGCACAAAAUAUGUCGAGAUUUAAGAAAACUACCUAUAAUAGAAAAAAUUAAGGAGAAAACAAUGUGUGUACCUUGCUUAUUUGACCAGGCUGAAAAUGCUGCAUCUGCUUUAUGUCUUAGCUGUGAGGAUCCAGAACCAAUGUGCGAUGUAUGUGCCAGAUGUCAUAUCAAACAAAAAGACACUCGAGGACAUGAAAUUCAUUCAAAUAUGCAUACCCAACUGGACAAAAGUUCUGCACUAGUUCAAGACUUAACGAGUUUAACUGAUUUAUUCCAACGGAUGCCAGACCAUUCAUCUACAAAUUUGAUCAUCUGGGAACAAUUAUCAAAGAGUUCAAAGAUUUCAGGGGUUCGGCCGCAGAUUAAGCAGUACAAGACAGACUUUGCGGUAAUCUUUUGGGAAGAAAUAAAGCAUGCUGAGUACUAUCAAAUCCGAUUCAAACCUUUUGUUUAUGGAGACGAGUAUGAAUGGAUGCCGAUAGACUCUCAAAUCCAGGAAACAGAGUUUAGAGUUGAUGGGCUUAAAGCCGAAACAACAUACAUUUUCCAAGUACGUGGCGUAAAAAAUGGAAUACCAUGCGAUUAUGGACCUCCAAGUUUUCCUAUCCAAACAUAUCCUUCAUUGGCAAGCACUAUUCUACCAUACUGUAAACAAGUAAAAAAUGAUGCUCUUCCUACCUUUCAACUACCAUAUCAUUUAGACAACAUGACAAGGAAACCAGAAACUAAAAUCAAGGAAAUAAAACUAGGAUUUGGGAAUCCCAAAAUCGGUGCACUCAGCAUAGACGAAAAAACUAUCAUUCUGGUUGGAGCAACAGGAUGUGGAAAAAGUACAAUGGUUGAUGGAAUCAUAAAUUAUAUCAUGGGCGUCAACUUUCAAGAUGAAUUCCGUUUCACUCUUUUAGAACUAGAGGAAGAAGAGAAAAGAACAGAGAACCAGGCUAUAUCACAGACAGAGUGGAUAACAGUGUACAAGAUAGCACCACAAACAGGCAGUCGCUUAGAUUAUACACUUAAUAUCAUCGACACACCGGGAUUUGGAGACACGCGUGGAAUUGAGCGAGAUGAGCUCCUUGUCAAUCAAAUUCGACAUCUUUUAACAGAUAAGAGCCCGCCAAAUCUGCUUUAUUUAGACUGUGUAUGCUUCAUUGUCAAGGCACCUGAUGCUCGACUCACACCUACACAAACGUAUAUUUUUCAUUCAAUUAUGUCUCUUUUUGGCAAAGAUAUUGAGUCUAAUAUAUGCUCCUUGAUUACGUUUGCUGACGGUGCAAAACCUCCUGUACUAGCGGCUCUAAAUGAAUCACAGCUUCCAUUUGGGAAUCACUUUGUUUUUAAUAAUUCGGCAUUAUUUGAAGAAAAUAAAGCGAUGGAUGGAAAUUCCUUAACACCAAUGUUCUGGGAUAUGGGACAAAAAAGUUUUCGAAAUUUUUUCGAAGCGCUCAGACGUUUUCAAGCAAGAAGUCUCGCUCUCACAAUAGAUGUUCUUGAGGAAAGAGAACAGUUAAAAACUGUAAUUCAAAACAUUCAACCCCAAGUCGAUGCGGGUCUUACAAAAGUAAACGAGUUGGAAGAUCAAAUACGUAUUUUUGAGAAGCAUAAAGCUGACAUUGAUGCGAAUAGGAACUUCGAAUACGAGGUAGAUGAAAUAAAGCAAAUACAGAUAACCUUGCCCCCUGGUCAACAUGUAACAAAUUGUAUGCACUGUCAUGUUACAUGUCACGAAGACUGCAAAAUUGCGGACGAUGAACGCAAGAGUAGGUGUUCCGCAAUGAGUAAGGAUACGGGGAAUUGUAAAAUUUGUCCAGGUCAUUGUCAUUGGUCCGAUCAUAAAAACACGCCGUAUAUAUUUAGAUUUAAAACUGAAAAGGUAAAAAAGAUGUACACUGAAAUGAAAAGAAAAUAUGAAGAAGCUGUAGGAGAAACCAUGAACUAUGAAACAUAUAUUCACAAUCUUAAAGGUGAUAUAAACGACGUGUUCAAGAAGAUAAGGGAUAAUGUUGACGAAAUGAAAAGAUGCAAAAAUAAACUUAACGAAAUCGCAUUGAAACCUGAUCCAUUAUCUUCGGAGGAUCAUAUUAAGAUUCUGAUUGAAGCUCAAAAGAGUGAAAAACAACCUGGAUAUGAUAAACGGAUUGCCGUGCUUCAAAGAUUAUUGCACGUUGCAUUAAUCGAAAAGCGAGUAGAAAAUCUUCGUGAAGCUGCGAAUAAAACAAUAGACCGUGUUUCCGUCGUAGUAGGAAACGAGUGGCAAAGGAAACCAAAGAGGAAAGGAAUAUUGGAUAGACCUGUUAACUUUUUCAAACGAUUUUUUUGA